GCGACAGUUAGUUCUCAUGCAGAGACUUAAAUAGCGAGAUGCGAAUUUUGUUGAUUGCAGCUAUAUCUGUCUCGUGGCAGUUUUCAGACGCCUAUUUGUUUAUGCCCAACUUUCUUUGUAUUCCACCAUUUGUGGCCAUUAAUGGAAGUUGCCUGAUUCCCACCACCACAAAACCCUUGAUCCCGCCCUGUUUAAAGAACUCUCAAAACGUAACGGUAUUUCCGAAAAAUCGCAAAAUAGUUACCGUUAGUCCCUGGAAUAUUUUGCCGGAAGAUGACGAUAAUAUCGGAAAAAACAUUUCUAAAGAUAAAGAGGCUUCUCUUCCUAUCAAAGUUCCAGUAAAGCCCAUUACGGAAAAUUCUCCAAGCGCAGGAGCAGUUGAAGGCGGUAAUAAAGACCAACGAUUAAAUCCGACUGUUCCUGAUGCAAAUAAGCUCCCUACUGACAGUUUAGUAAAUCCUUCAAAUCCGGAACCCAACGACACCUUUUUUAAAAAGCCCGAAGUGUCCGACCAAAAUAAAAGAAAUCCGGAAAUUAUAUCACCGAGUAAACAAUCGGGAAAAGGAUCUAAUUCUGGCAGUGCAUUAAAAGAGUACGACCAAAACAAAAUCAAUCCUGGACAAAAAACUGAUGAAAGCAAAAACUCGGGAAAAGGAUCUAAUACAGGCAGUAAAUUAAAACCGAUACCUGGCUCAAGGCCGGGAACCACACCAAUGAAUCCCACAAUUUCUCAAACAGAAAAUUUGGGCAAUGGUAUUUUACCGUCCAAAAAGCCAACGAAAAUUCCCCUACCUCCUGCUUUGCUUCCGAUUUUAGGAGAAAGUGUCGGAUUUCUUCCUAGUAGUCCUUCAAUCCCUGAUUCAGUUAAAAUAGACAAUGGUAUCUUACCGUCAGAAAUACCAAUACAACACCCUUUACCCGGGGAUUUGGGUCUGCCUAAAGAUCCUUCUAUGCCCGAAACGGUACCCGUAAAAGAUCUUACAAUUCCUGACGCAGACAAAUUGACUGAUGGUAUAUUACCAUCCAUAGAUUUACCACGUGAUUUGCUUACACCAGAAGUGCCUUCGAAUCCAAAGGAAAUAUCAAAAAUCGAGCCGACAAAACCCAUAAUUCCAGAUACGGAUGAAAUAAUAAAUCGUUUAUUGCCAUCCGAACGAUUGAAUCAAAUACAAUUGCCUGGGAUUCCUGAGUCAAAACCGCCGAUGCUUCCAAAAAUACCUAAGCCGGAUCAUUUGAUAAAUGGUAAAUUACCCUCCAGAGAUUUGAUCGGUAAACAACACCCAUCUAAAAAUCCAAAAGAUCCUAAUACUGAUGAAGUAAAUCGUUUAUUGCCAUCCGAACGGCCAAAUCAAAUAACAUUGCCUGGGAUCACUGGUGUAGGAUCAGAAACUCAACCAAAAGUUCCACCACUUCCUGUCACAGAUAAUUUGGUAGAUCUACUAAAACCUCCAAGAAUCCCCUCACACAAGAUUCCUGGGUCGAAACCGCCGAUGCUUCCAACAAUUCCUAAUACGGAGCAGUUGAUAAAUGGUAAAUUACCCUCAGGAGAUUUGAUCGGUAAACAACACCCAUCUAAAAACCCAAAAAUUCCCGAUGAUUAUGAAGUAAUAAAUGGUUUGUUGCCAAACGAACGGCCAAAUCAAAUACCAUUGCCUGAGAUAACUGGGGUAGGAUCAGGGACACAGCCAAUAGAGCCCACACUUCCUGUCACAGAUAAUUUGGAAGAUCUACUUAAACCUCCUGGAAUCCCCCCACUCGAGAUGCCUGGGUCAAAUCAGCAGAUACAUCCAAAAAUUCCUAAAACGGAUCAUUUGAUAAAUGGUGAAUUACCCUCCGCAGAUUUAAUCGCUAAACCAGACCCACCCAAAAUUAACUUACCUGGGAUGCCGAAAAUAACUGAUCCCAAAAUUCCCAAAAUGAUUAGACCUGAAGACCUAUAUCCGAAAGAUAUAAAUAUCUAUCAGCUUUUACCCAAGGACAUAUUUUACUAAAGCCAAUAUUUUCAGUGGAGUUUAAAAAUUGUUAUAUUUUUCAGAAACCAAACCUGGUUUAGUUGUGCAUUGAGGGAUAAUAAUAAAAAAAUGAAUAUUCAAAUGAUUCAUUUGAUCCUUACCAUAUCCCUCGGUAAUAA